AUGAAUCGAGACGCAAAGACAGUUCGGUUGAGAGAUAAGGUUUCAUUUGUUAUUGGUGUUAGUAAUGCGUGCGUUACUCCUGCCUUGGCCGUACGUGUGCCGUUGUGGUUGCCGCUAUUCUACACAAUUCAGGUCAUUAUAUUGAUUGCCCUGCGUUACAUUAUAUACCGCUCAAAACGCUGGCACUACUUUGUGUUUGACGUGUGCUAUUAUGUCAACAUCCUGGUGAUGUUAUUUCUUUGGUCUGCACCCGAGAACCCGCUACUGUUUGUCAUCGUCUUUUGCCUUACGAAUGGUCCUGUUGCUUGGGCUAUAAUUACGUGGCGAAAUUCACUCGUGUUCCAUUCGUUGGAUAAAGUCACUUCGGUAUGCAUACACAUGUUUCCUCCCCUUAUCACGUAUGUUAUUCGCUGGAUGCCGACGAUUCUGUGCAGUGAUGGAGAUGCCGACUGUCUCACAGCCUUUGAAACUCAACGUGACACCCGUUUCCCGGCCCUUGCCCAACUACCUCACAUCAGUUUUGCACAGGCAAUGAUUUACUCAAACGCGGCUUAUAUUGUGUGGCAGACACUCUACUUUUUAUUCAUCAUGGUUGGUAGACGAGAAAAGGUCGAAUCCGGUCUUCGUCUGACAUCAUAUUCAUGGUUACUCAAUGACACUAAUGGCAAGAAAGGGUUCAUUCAAAAAGCGGCCUUUAUGUUUGGCGAAAAGUACAAACUCUACAUGUUUAUGCUUCUUCAACUGGCAUACAAUAUCCUCACUACUAUUCCAACCUGCUUUUUAUAUUCCCACUUUUGGGUCCACACCAUAUUUCUUAUCAGUAUGUUUGCUGCAAGUGUUUGGAACGGCGCAAAUUAUUAUAUCGAAGUGUUUUCCAGGCGGUAUAAUCUCGAAGUCGAGAAGAUGGACAAGAAGAAUCUUAAGGCUGAUUAG